AUGUCCAGCGACGACGAGCUCCGCGGCCUCCUGGUCCAGGAAUCCACCGCCGCGAUCGUCUCCGGCGCCGACCCCUCCAGCCCCACCGCCCGAUCGGCCCACUUCCUCCUCCCCCGCGCGGGGGCCGCUCCCCUCCCCGCUCUGCCAUCCCCGCCACGCAAUGCCGACGAGCUCGCGGUGGAGUGGACGGACUGGCCCGGCUGCUCCAAGCUGUGGAGGCGGUGGGUGGCCAAGCUUCGGCCGCGGCACGAGCGCCUGUGGCGCAAAAUUGGGAUCUUGGACGGCGUUCUCGCGACCACGGGCUGGGUGCGGCGGGACGAGGACCUGCUGCUCCAGCUCGCGGGUUUCUGGUCCGGCGAGACCAACACGUUCCUCUUCCCGUGGGGUGAGGCCACGGUGACGCUGGAGGACAUGGCCGUGCUCGGGGGCCUGCCCCUGCUGGGCAGGCCGGUGUGGUCGCGGCUCCCGGACGAGCUCCGCGGGGACGUGGACGCGCUCCAAGCCGUCCGGAUCGCGCUCAACUGGAGCAAGAGCAAGAGAGUCAAUUAUACCUUGUGGGUUAAGCAAUUCAUCGAGGAGACCGGUGCCGGUGCUGGUGCCGCUGGCGACGGCAGAGGAGAGGCCGAGGCGGCCACAUUGCUCGAGCACGGGGCGUUUCUGGCCAUGUGGCUGACCAGAUACGUGCUUCCGGUGGAGUCAUUCGACGUGGUCAGAACGGACGUGCUCCCCCUCGCCGCCGGACUGGCGCGCGGCAGGUGCUCGGCCCUCGCACCUGCCGUACUUGCCAACAUCUACAGUGACCUCUCCGCACUCAGUCGCCACUUAAGCUUGGGCGCCAGCCAUCAGCCGUUCGUGGCGAGUGCGCCACUGCACAUCCUCCAGCUAUGGGUCUGGGAGCGCUUCCCGGAGCUUUGCCCUGCCAUCAACUCCCACGGUGGUGAUCCCGGCAUGCCGAGGGCUGCCAAGUGGUACAAUAUCAGAAGGAUGCUUGAUCCUGGGCACAUCCAUGCAGUGUUCAUGUCCCCGGAUGAGUUCAAAUGGAGGCCGUACGGAGGCAGUAGCUUUGCUCUGCCACAAGCCAAAGGUGGCUGCUGGGUGCACUGCAAUGAAUUAGCAACAAGCAAGGGAUUGCAAUCCUUUGCGCAAUGUCUCCGACCUUGCGAACUUGUCGGCAUGCAAUGCAUCGAGCAAUACUGUCCGCACCGUGUCGCGAGGCAGCUCGGCUUCGAUCAGGACGUACCUGGGACUGUUGCCCGUGCCAACUCAAGUCAAAAGACGGCAUGGGCGACAUACAAAAUGCAGCCUGAAAAUGUUUCGCUCUUCGUUCCGCAACGCGAUCCGGGCAUGACAGUUGAAUACGCACAAUGGUGGAAGCAAUACUCGUCAGCAUGUGCUGCCGCCGUUGCUAAUGCUGCAAGGAUGAAACAACUUAAUGUUGUAGUUAUUAGCCCAAGAAAGAUGAAAGCUGAUGGUCUCAGUCUCAGUGGUGUAGAUUGUGGCAAAAAGCGUCACUUGGAGGCUGGGAUGACUCUGCAAGAUGAUACAGAGGAUGAGAUUCCGCUGGAAGAGAGGCUGAAUAGUGUCAUUCUAAAGACGGAAAGCCAGGAUACAGAGAUGCAUAUUUUGAAAGAUGGCGAGACAAAGCAAAAUUCAGAAACCGUGAAGGAUUUGGUGCCAAGAUGGGCAGGAAAAGGCAGACGUAGGGCAAUUUCACGCAAAGUUGCUGAGAAAGCUUUCUCUGAUGCAGAGGCAGUUUUGGUGAGUGAAGUUGAUAAACCAUCGUGUGGGCCGGUCACCAAGAAUGAGAAUUUUGAAGAGCAAGCAUUAGGCUCGGUUAUUCCGUGUGAUGAGAAGAAUUUCAGUUCAGAACAUGGGGAAGUCGAGGGUGCAGCGACCGCUAGAAGCAACAAAGGCAUUAGAGCUGCAAUUGGAGCGGACAUGUAUUCAAAUCUUCCAGACAUCUUGGCCAUCAGUGGUAAUGAGUUGGAUGAAAUAUUCAGAAAGGAUAGCGAGGCGAGUGCAAUUUAUAUGGAACUGUCCAAGUUGACGAUGGCAGCAUCCAACUCAGACCAGCCAAAUGAAGAAUUCGAUCGACAACUGGUCACCAUAAGAAGAGAUGAGUCGAAGGAAAUCAUGGUCCAAAACAAUAGUGAUUAUGAGCUUCCUACUGUCCAAAGUGAUAUCACUCUCAGACAAGGACCAGUUAAAGUAACUCAUGCCACUAAUGUUCAAACUAAUGUUGAUGUCUUAGAAGAAUGCAUUGAUGAAAUGCAGACACGCAAUGUAAUGGCAGAGGGAGAUCAGAGAGCGAAGGUGGACAGAGAAAACUCAAAAGGAAUCAAUGAUGCAUCUUAUAAUGGUCUAGUAUAUGGAAAGAAUGAAGUGGUCAAGAGAGUAAUUUCUACUAAAACACUCUACUAUCUUAGACCAUUCAAGCGGGUGAAAGAUGCUCAGGUCAGAGAUUCAAGAGCCACCAAUGCAGGUCAAGUCAUUUUCCAACCAGGACGGGAAGUCGGAACAACGGAAAUGAUUAGAGAGGCGUCUGAAGCUCGAGAAGCAGAAAAGGUUGAGUUGGAAACAAUAAUUGAUCGUCUUAAGAAACAAGUCGUGGCGCUAGAGGUGCAGUUGCGGGGCAGGAGAACCUAG